CUGCAUGUGUGCACCUAGUUCUUGACUGAUUGGAAACUGUUGGUUAUUGUUUCCCCUUUUCUGUCUGACAGGUUUCUACUCCAGUGAAAAGAUGGCAGGAGUUUUCUCCUAUGAGAGUUCAGAAAUCGACUGGUGUGAAGACAACUACAAACACUCAGAACAUGUAGUGGAGUACUUUAAUACGAUGAGCAGCUUUAUUUUCUUCAUUAUAUCUCCCAUCAUGCUCUACCUCCUUCACCCUUACGCCAAAGAGAGGAACCUAGCGAUUCAUGCGGUUUGGAUCAUGAUGAUAUUUGUAGGGCUCUUCUCAGCUUACUUUCACAUGACGCUUAGUUUUGUUGGACAGAUGUUGGAUGAGCUGUCUAUCCUGUGGGUUUUGGCGAUGGGAUAUUCUGUUUGGUUCCCCCGCAGGCUCUUCCCUUCUUUCAUAAAAGACAGGUCCACAUUUACGAGCCUCGUCCUGGUGGUUACACUGAUCAGCACGUUGUCAUCGUUUGUCAAACCGACAGUCAAUGCCUACGCUUUAAAUUGCUUCGGCCUCCAUCUGCUUUAUGUCCUGGUUAUAGAGAUUAAAUGUUGUAAUGACCAGAAGGUCUUGCGACUGGCCAAGCUGUCUGUGGCUUUGUGGGUGUUAGCAAUCACCUGCUGGAUUAGUGACCGCUUCGGCUGCAGCUUCUGGCAGAGGCUGAACUUCUGCUACCUGCAUGGAAUCUGGCACAUCCUUAUUGUGAUGGCUGUGGCCUACGGCAGCACUCUGAUAGCAUACCUGGAUGCCAACUAUGAGAUACCGUACUCUCUGCCUGGACUGCAGUACUGGCCCUGUGACAAAUGGGCUGUUGGAUUACCUCACAUUGUCCUUAAGGGCACCACCAAAACACAAAAACGGUGUUAACAGACUUGAAGAUAUUUUUAGCUGUGGCAGAACAUUUCUUUCAGAAGAGGUGGGAUAGGGGUUUUGUUUAAAUAUGGGACAGACAUAUGGAGGUGACAUCAAUCUGACAUUGAAGUAGCCUAAUCAGAAUAAAAAUCUAUUUAACUGAGUCUAAAGUCUUGCACCAAGGCACUACUGAUUUAAAAUACCAAAAAACAAAAACAAAUAUACAAUCAAGGAUACAAUGGAAGACAUAGAUUAUACGGUAUAUAAAAAUGUGAUUGGAACUUAAGGUUCUAUCCAUACAUUGUUUUUAUUCUGUUCUUGUUUGUGUUUGUCAGUGCCUUGAGGCUUAAUGUCAUAUAACCUAUCAAAAAAUAAGAACCUAUACAAACCUAGUGUUUAACUUCAGUUGGGAAUACAGAAAAAAAUAUUUAUCAACUAAAAUAUCUAUGCACAGUUUAAAUAAUUUAUUAUUUAGAAAUACCCACAAUGCAUUGUGUUUCUGAAAAGGUAUAAAAGGUAUACUUAUACGUAGCUAUUAACUGACAUGACUGAGAACAUAAGAGUGUUGUUGUAUUUUAGAGAGCUUGUCUUUGACUGUCAAGCUUCUUUUUUAAUAGAAACAAAUUGCUGUUUGAUGCAUUACAUGGCAGAUUGUCUUGAUGUACUGUAUGUUUUCUAAACAUGAAACUGUUGUAUUUCUGAGAAACGAUAACUACUGUCUUCCUAAGGUUUCUUUCAGGAAAACAUCAAAGUGUUGGUUUAUGGAGUUAAAACACCGCCGUUAUAUUUUCAUGAACUCAAAUAUGUAAGUUGAGUUCGGCUAAUGUUUCAACUUGUACUUGUUUUUAUUAUUACAUUAUUAUUAUAUGUGAGAAUACAGUAUAGUAUCAGUCAAUACCAUUUAAUCUUCCGCUCUAUUUCAAAAGGAAAAUGUUUUGUUUCAUUCAGGAGCUCUGAAUGAAAAUGACUCUAUGAUGUAUUGUCUCAUGAAAUCUAAAUGAAAUUUACACAUUUAAGCAUUUAUCAUUCAAAUAUUUUAUUAUCAAAUGGUGUGAUAGUAUUUGUUCAAUGUAUGACAAAGACAGUCAACUUUUUAAAAUCCAUACAAUAAACAUGAUCUUUUCUUCAUUAAAUCUCACUUUUGUGGUAGACAUGUUGUGCGUUGAAUGAAAAAAGAGUUCCUUUAAUUCUCUUGAGUCAUAGGCAUAUAUUUCUUUGUAGCAUAUCACAGACUUGUCACUGAAUUGUUACAGCCCUUAAAGUUUAGAAAGCUCUUGACUUCAGUGAUGUUUUCAGUAUA